AUGGCGUCAACAGAACUCGAUUAUGCCAUCAAGAAGAGCGCCAAUGACCUUGCCAAAGAGCUCGAGGUCGAGCGCAUCAUGAGUGCUUUUAAGCUGAACCCGUACGACAUUCUUGAUCUGCCUCUGUCUGCUACCGAAACAGACGUGAAGAAGCAGUACCGUAAGAAGUCUUUGCUGAUCCAUCCGGACAAGUUUAAGCAUGAAAAGGGUCUCGAGGCUUUUGAUUUUUUGAAAAAGGCUCAUGACCAUUUGGCCGAUCCCGCUAAGAGAAAAGACAUUGACAUGAUCAUGACUCAUGCGAGAACCCAGGUUUUGAAAUCCAUCCUCGGAGAUGGCUAUUCAACCAGUGUUACCGACGACGACCCCAGACUGACGAACCUUUCUCCUCCAUUCGAACAGCAGAUUAGAGCGAAAGGGCGAGAAAUUUUGGUCGAAGAUGAACUCGCUAGAAGACGGAAACAAAAGCUUGCAUACUCCAAUGAAGGUGCGGAAAAAGCUCGAGCUGAAGCGGAGGUUGCUGCGAGGAAGCGAAAGGUUGAGGAACAGGCCAAAUGGGAAGGUUGCAACACGAUAACAAUGCCCCACAUCAUUUUCUACUUUCUCAUUACUCGUAUUGAAUAUGUUGCUGACACGUGUUUUCCUUUUUUUUCCUCCCAGAACGACGAGAUGACCGUAUCAAAGACUGGAGAGACUUCUCGCAGAAAAAGGAGAAGAAGAGAAAGAAGAACAAUCUGCAUGUGUUGGGAUAAAAAAUGGGGUGCCCGGGAUCUUUGGCAAGUUUCUAUUUUACGCAGGAUCCAUUCAUUCUUUUCUUUUUGCUUUGUAAAAUCUUUUUCGAUCGUUGUUCUCAUCACAAUUGUUGUCAAUAUACCCAGGCAGGAAAUGAUGCACCAUACGCUUAUAACCGUUUUAGCCUAAUGUUCUGACGAGAACACGCUCAUUUUUAUUCGCCCCAUUCCUUCCUGUGGACUGUUACUAGACUCAUGGUUGUCGUUUUGAUCACGUGAAUGUCCCUCUACCUUCAGUUCCACAAGUGGAACAUCAUGAGAGGAUGAACUCAGGAAGAAAGAAAUUCCUUUCCUAUAAAUGAGUCAGUUGCAGAGUUUAGACACAGGCCGAUGGUCAAUUUAUCAAAAGUUACUUGGGGUAAGGUUCCAUCGUAGUCAUUGCCAUCUUAAAACAUGGUACCUUCCGGAAUAACCUUCCCACGCACAUAGAGCCGAAU